CCUAGAUUCCCGUGAUGCAGUUUGACAGGGCUGGUCCAGUUGAGCCAAGAUGGCGGACGGUGAACAGCUCACUGAUGCAGAGAAGGUCCGCAUUGCUUCAAAUUUUGUCGUCCAUGCACCACCAGGAGAGUUCAAUGAAGUUUUCAAUGAUGUCCGACUACUGCUCAACAAUGACAGUCUUCUCAGGGAAGGGGCUGCUCACGCCUUUGCCCAGUACAACAUGGAUCAGUUUACACCCGCAAAGAUUAAGGAUGAUCAGGUCUUGAUAACAGAGCAUGGAGAUCUUGGAAACGGGCGCUUCUUUGACCCCCGGUACAAGCUGUCGUUUAAGUUUGACCAUUUGAGGAAAGAGGCGAGUGACCUGCAGGCUCAUCAGGGCGAGUCAGCUCUGGAGCCGUGGAGGGAGGCGUGUGACACUGCUCUCAGUGCCUACAUGAAAGAUCACUACCCUAGUGGAGUGUGCACGGUUUAUGGUAAAACCAUUGAUGGCAAGCAAACAAUCAUUGCCUGCAUCGAGGGACAUCAGUUCCAACCCAAAAACUUCUGGAAUGGUCGUUGCUGGUCUGAGUGGAAGUUCGGUGUGUCGCAGGGCACGGCUCAGGUGACGGGAGUGCUUAAAGUCCAGGUGCAUUAUUACGAAGACGGCAAUGUUCAGCUAGUCAGCCACAAGGACAUUCAAAAAUCUCUCAGCAUUUCUAAUGCAAAGCAGACGGCUGAGGAGUUUGUUAAAAUAAUUGAAAAUGCAGAGACUGACUACCAGACGGCCAUUAACGAAAACUAUACAAACAUGUCGGACACCACCUUCAAAGCCUUACGUCGGCCGCUUCCUGUCACCAGAACCAAAAUCGAUUGGAACAAGAUCCUCAGCUACAAGAUCGGCAAGGAGAUGCAGAAUGCUUAAUUAAAACUGAGCCAGCAUGCCACCCCUCUGCUCGCGUUACAAACCAAAAAAAAUGAACUGAGCGGAGUUUGAGCUAAACGCUGGAGCUAGGCCUAUGGGACAAGUGUGCUAAGAAAUGUUCUUCUUGCUUUUUCUUUAUUUUUUUAUUUUAUUACUUUUUAUGAACGCCAAGGUUUAAUCUCAGCUAACCAGACUGCCUCCUUUCCUGUAUUGUCAGAAAGUUGUGAGACUGUCCUGUUAGUCUAGCAACGGUUCUUGCUGUCGAACAAAUACCUCCUGCAACACCAGAGCACAGGUUCAGAAAUGUUGUACCUCCACCUUUUUUUAUUCCCCAGUUUUCUGAUAUAUGCACACCACAUUCAGCAUGUGACCAAAUGUUUAAUAUCUGCUUACAGUUUUAAUAGAAAAUGUCACUGUUUUUAGAUGCAUCUUUUAUCUUAGCCAGAUAGAAGAGCAGCUCUGAUUGCUUUUUCUGAUUGCCGUUUCAUCCGGCCACAAUGAAAGCCACAUUGAGCUGCAUACGGAAACAUAUGAGGGUGUAUUUAAGCUUAAAAUGAGGGGCAACACCAAACAACUCAAAAUUUUUACAGAUAAGUCAAAUGGAAGGAAAAAAUUACAUUUCAGUACGGUGGUGGCUCACCGUCAUCCACCAGAACUUCAAGAUUUUAUAUAGAUUCUAUAGCCUUCUACGCUCAUUUUUGCUUUAUGCAUUUUCUCCCCCUUUUUCUCCCUUUUAGCGCGUCCAAUAGCCUGAUUGCGUCAGGCUUCCUUUCCACCAAUGCCGAUCCCUGCUCUAACCCACGCCCCUUCCGACACGUGGGCAGCAUGCCGUAUGCAUCUUAUCACCUACACUUUGGUGAGUGCAGUGCAGCUCAGCAUUUUGUAUGGAGAAACACACCCUAAGAGCACUCUUUCCUCAUAUCUGUGCAGGCGCCAUCAAUCAGCCAGCAGAGGUCGUAAUUGCACCAGUCAUGAAAGAGAGACCCCAUCCGGCUUAGUCCCGCCCAUAUCUGAACAACAGGCCAACUGUGUUCAUGUGGCCGCUCAGCCUUAGCCGGCAGGCAGAGCUAAGAUUCGAUACGAUGUAUUCGGGAUCCCAGCUCUGGUUCCAGCAUGUGUUUUUACCGCUGCGCCACCUGAGCGGCCUAUUCUACAGUCUUCUAAACAGUACUGAAGCAAUUGUAAUCAGACAGCAUUCUUCUAAAACAUAUUCCCCCUAAUCUAAUGUUGUUUUGAUUGUAAUGAUGGUGAGUGCUGUCUAAAAUAACUGUCCAAAAUAUUCUAUAUACAGUAUAUGUUGAAUUGGGUUGAGAUGUGGUGACUCUUAAGGCCACACGAUUAUUUUGGUACUUAUCGCACCAUUCACUGAACCGUUAUGCCUUGUAGAUGGAAGCGGUGUCAUCCCGAAAGAGGCCACUCACAUCAGGGUAGACCUGUUUGUCCUAGACAUUGCAUAGUUUAAGGAUUUAGGCCUGUACUGUUUAUCUGCUACACAUGCACUUUUCAAGAAAAAUGUGAUUCAUACGGUUUUUGUUCAACCACGGUCGUCUGGAUCAUACGGUCCUGUUUUUAAAACUCUUGUCCAAUUUUGAUUUUAAAUGACAGCUGAUUGGGCCUGUUAAGCAUUUUUAUGUGUGUCAAGCAGCAGGGUAAAAUAGUAAUACGUGGAUUGUAUUUUGAAAUUCACUUGUCUGCAAGGUUCUGUGCUUAAAUCUUUUACUUAGCCGCUGUUUUUUUUUUUUUUUUUUUUGAUCCGUCAACUAUCUUUAUAAUCAUCAUGUGGACAUUUUAAUCAUUUUAUAAAUCUUCAUCUUCAAAAUAUUCAUUUGUCUGAAACAUAGGAGUUGUUGGAUAUAUUUGUUCUUGUCAAGGUUUUAUGUCUGUAACUAGAUUAAACUAAGAGAUCAAACAUAAGUUAAUCAAAGGUAUUAUUUUAAAAUCUGUCUUAAUUUGGGGUAUAUUGUAUUUAAUCAAAUGUAAACCCAGUAAAUAAGCCUUAACAAUCCAAUUGAAAAGCAAAUGUACUCCACUAAUGCAUCUGACACAUGGCUUACCCUGAUGGAAUAAUAAUGGAUACCUAACAGUCACUAAACUGAUAAACUAUGGAGAUCAUAGAUUUGUCAAGUGUCUUCUGAUCUGUCAAAUGUAUGUAAACCUUAAAAAGGUUGCUGUUCUCUUUCUUUAUGCCAGUGUUUGUUUAGGACAAUAUUUUUUUGGACAGCAGUGUUUGUUAAUGUACUGUCAUCUGAUGAUAAUAUUUUUUGCCAAAAAUAAGCAGCACUGUAUUUUUUAACAUUCCUGUUAGGCUACUUUUUAAUGUCAGGGAUGACUGUAUAAAGCCAAUGCUUUAGUGGGAACAAGGGAAAACUGGACCAGUGACAUCACUGAGUAUCAGGCAAUGGAAAGAUUUGACUCUUGAUCGCCAGCAAGUAUAAGAUUGAUCAAUGAUUUAUUAGCACAGAGAGUCUGGUGGAAAAAGGACCACCCAAGCCCCUUUUUAAUUAUGCAGUUUGUUUAAAAGCUCUGGCAUUACACAGCCUUUUCUGAUUAAAACAGAGCCAACUGUGACUUAUUUUUCUGCCUUUUGGAUUGUAAGUGGUUGCAGUAUCGUCUUACAGUUGGUAGCAUUAUUGUAUGCAGUUUAGACCAUGCUUCCUUUCCAAGCAUUUAUUACUGAUGAUUAUUUUUUACAAAUUGUAUGAACAAAUAGGAUCCCAGAGAAAUAAAGUAUUUGCACCAACUAA